UUUAUUGCAGCGUACAUGUUAUUGCCCGCUGCAACAAGUCCGCGUUUCAAAAUUUUUUACUUUCCUAGGUUGCAACAAACCGCGCUCAAACGAGCGGGCUCAAACGUACGUUGUUCCUUCUCUUCUAGCUCCAAGCUUUUUCCCUUAAACAAAUAUCCAAGAAGCCGUCGAACUCAGCCCUGCGUCGCCGUCGAACUCAGCCCUGCGUCGCUGUCUUCGCCGGUGUGUGGUGUUCUCGCCUCAUCUCCCCCAUCCCGUUCAAUUCUCGCGCGGCCUGUCACUGAAAGAUAUAUUCUUGGUCGGCCGGGGGUUCAGCAUCUCCCCGUCGCGUCGUGGUUCCGGUGGUUGCUCGGCGUCGUGGUUCCGGUGGUUUCGGCCUUGGAGAAAUCCAAGUAUGAGCAAUCACUGGAAACUGUGAGGCAUUUCAUUGCUGUUGCUGAAAAGGAAUUGGAGCUUUAUUACAGGCAUAUAGCACUGUAUGGUAUUUCAAACAAGCAGACAUGUAGUACAAUUGCUCAAAAUUCAAUAGAAGACUCAAAUGAUACUGUAAAUCGUCAUUUCACAAAAAGCAAAAUUCUUGAGUCAACCCUCUAUUCUACAUGCGAUCCUCAAAUGGAUUAUGAUUCCUCGGAUCAAGAAUUAAAUGGUACUGGAAAUGUGUCUUCCAGUGAGACAGAGCUAGAUGGUGACUGCAUGUCUGAUGAUGAAGACGAUCUGGAUUCUGAAGGGAGAGAGGAAGCUUUACCAAAAUUAACGUAAGAGAGGUUCAUAAAUCCACAAUGCAUGAUUGCAUUCUGCAAGUUACUCUACCUCAGAUAUGCUCUUUUCUGACCAGGCCCUCGUCUCGUAUUUAUGGCAUCCUGGAAAGAGGAGGAUACACCUUCAAAAUCUACAGAAGUUGUUGUUCCUGGUACAAAUAUUGUUGGUGGUAUGAUGCCAGGCGGUUUUGCACCACCCGGAACUUAUGGAGUUAUGCAGCGGCCCAUGUCUACACUCCGAGGAUUGCGCCUUAUGCGAGGAAUUUGAUGUGGUUCGUGAGCAAUGGGCUAAGUUUUUUACCAACAAGUAUUUAUUAUUGGCUUUAGCGCGCUUGAUCGAGUUGGUUUAGUUGUUAUAGAAUAAAUUUUAUAUUAAAAUGUAUGUUUAUGUUGAAAUUGGAACAUAUAUUUAAAUGUAAUAUGUGCACUUUGGUUUUGGGAUAUAUAGUAUACAAAACUCCAGUUGUUGUUUUUA